CACGCAAUCCAGAGAGCACUUGAGCACCCGUCGACUACUAUGGCGCUCAACGAAGCUGAAGCUCGCAAGAACAGCGCGACUGCACUUGACGAGACCACAGGAGUAACAUCCGAGGUGGCACAGCGGGAGCAUCCUCGUGAGGAAGAUCACGCGCCAGGCCGUCGUCAAAUGUUGUCGGCACAAGUUCCUGCCAAAUCCGAAAAAGACAGCACUGCUUCCCCUUCCAAGGGACGCGCCGGCACUGAGCGACGUGAGCGUAGCCGCACCGCAGCUCUCGAGACGGCAGGUGAAAGAUCCAUGGCGCGACAGGUAAAGAAGCCCCUGAAUGAGCAUGGCGCGUCUGGUCGCCGUCAGCAGCCACAGGUGCAAGAAUAUGACAAAUCGGAAGAGAGCACCACUUCCAAAGAAAGCACAGAAGUUGAGGACGAGCACAGUCCUCUGGCGCCUACCAGCCGUCCUGACCUCGUGCCCCGGGACAGCCAAGGACCAUUUCCUAUGAAGGGACACCGAAGAACGAAAGGUGACUCUGACCACCAAUCUUCGCCGGAACAGACUUCCAGCAGUGACGAGUCUUCAGGGGAUGCCUCCAGCGAAGCCAUUGAAGGAGCUUCAGCUAACCCGUUAAACAGCCACCCAAAUGCAUUUGUUCGUGCCUCCUAUCGGCUUUCUGCGAAAAUUAUACGUCGUCGUAUGAAGUCUGCGGCCGAUAAAACUGAACAGUUGGCAGGUCAAGCGCAGUCAGAUGCGGUAGACCCGAUUGAAGGAACAAGCAGAGGAACCCUAUCGGAGCCAACACUCGCGGAACGUCACUCGGACUUACUUUCAGAUUACCCGCCCGACCUACGUGCGAGUAUAGAAGACGGCAUGGUUGCGACAUUAGACCAGAUGAGCACCCAAGCCUCACAGCUAGGCACCGACUCUGAAGCUGCUUCGCUGGCUCCGCUGGAAGGAACCCCCGAAGACUCGUCUCCGCUGGAAGUCUGUUCCGGCGAAGACUGGCUGUCGGAGUCACCUGCAAGAGCGCAGCCGACCAUCCUUCUGGUCAUCAUCGUCAGCAACCUGACUGCGCCACUGCAGCGCAAAGACCUCUCCCAUGUUGUGCAAAUCAACCCAGUCCUGUGCAUCCUGCGCCCACUGCCUCAAGCUUAA